AUGCUAGACUCUUGGCUCGACCAGCUCAAGCACCGCCAUCAACACCGCGACCCGGCUCAGUUUGCCGCCCUCGUCGACCCGGACCCCACUUCACCCAGCUCGCAACACCUCCGCAACGCACUCCAGAGCAACCCCAACCUGCGACCCGCGACCUACUCGACCCUCGCGCGCUCCACCUUUGCCGACUCGCGCCCGCUCGCCGACUUUGUCGCCGCCUUCCUCCUGUACACGCGCGAUGCUCCCCUCGGCAACGAGCCCGCCGCCCUCGACCGACAGUACUCCCUCCUCGAGGACUGCUUCAAAACGGCAGAUCGUCUCUUUGCCCAGGGCGACACGGCCUGGUUCGUCCCGACCCUGCGCAAGUACGCCCGCCGCCUCGUCGACGUCGCCCUCGCCGUCGGAAGAGCAACGGGCGACGUCAAGCUGACGCGCGCGGGUGAGGCGGCGCGCAUGCUCGGGCGGCCCAUGGGCGUGGCCGCCAACGACCGCUCGCCCGACUCGCCCUCGAAGCGCGACGCCCUCUUCUUCCUCGCCAACUCGACCUUCCGCGUCUACUUUGCCCUGUCCAACCUGCGCCUGUGCGACACGGUCCUCAACAACACGCAGAACGCGGCCCUCGCGAGACUCGACACGGUGCCGAGGGGCGACCGCUGCGCCUUCUUGUACUACCGCGGCAGGAUCGCGCUGUACCAGAGGCGGCUGCCCCAGGCGAGGAACGACCUGAGGAGGGCGUUUGCGCUGUGCAGCGCGGCGAGCUGGAGGAACGGCCGCCUCAUCUUGACCUACCUCGUCGCGGCGUCCCUCCCGCUCGGCUUCUUCCCUUCCCUCGCCCUCCUCUCGCACUUUAACCUCGCCGCGCCCUACUCUGCGCUCCUCCCCGCCCUCAAGCACGGCAACCUGCGCGGCGUCGUCGCCGAGCUCGACGCGCACCAGGCGUUCCACCUCAAGUGCGGCAACUACCUCCUCUUGCGCGAAAAGCUCGAGACGUUGUGCUGGCGCAACCUCGCGAGGAGAGUCCUCCUGAUCACGACCAACGGCCGCCCCGUCCCGCCCACCGGCCCGCCGACACUCGCCCUCUCGGCGCUCCUCGCCGCCGCGCGCGUCGCCAUGCCGCCCGACAGCGAUGGCGGGGCGGCAGGAGAGAGCGACCUCGACUUGGACGACGUCGAGAGCAUGUGCGUGUCGCUCAUGGAGCAGGGCUACCUCAAAGCCUACAUCCUCCACAGCAAGGCGCUCCUCGUCCUGCAAAAGGGCCCGCACGCCGGCUUCCCGCCCGUCGCGAGCGUCGGCGCCGUCACUGAGUGA